CCCAUCUUUCCGCGUGUCUGGCUUCCCCUUUUUUUUCGAGGGAAUCUUUAUUAUUUUUUUUUUAUUUUCAUCUAUCCAUUUUAUUUUUCUCUCCAAAGUAAAAUAUCUCGUCUCUCCCUGUGUUCCUGUCUCUUACUCAAUCUAUUCGGUCACCGGCAGCAACACAUUCAAAGUCACACACUCAAACUCAAACUCACCUAAUUCAUUCUCUUCACAUUCCUAAUUAAGCAAGCAAAGAUCCAUGGAGGAUCUUUCCACAUUCCAAACCUGCUUCAUUAUGCUGUUCAUCACCGGAUUUGUGGCACGUAGCGUAGCGUCGAUUGGCAUAAACUACGGGCAAAUAGCGAACAACCUUCCGUCGCAGGAGGAGGCGGUGGCGCUGGUGAAGUCCAUCGGAGCGACGAAGGUGAAGCUGUACGACGCAGAUCCGCGAGUGCUGAAGGCCUUGGGCAACACGGGAGUGGAAGUAAUGGUAGGUCUAGGCAACGAGUACCUAUCGAGAAUGAAAGAUCCGAACAAGGCACAGGCAUGGAUCAAAGGCAACCUCCAACCCUACCUCCCAGCCACCAAAAUCACCUCAAUCUUCGUGGGGAACGAGGUUCUGACCUUCAACGACACCGCCCUAACCUCCAACCUCCUCCCAGCGAUGCAGAGCGUGCACGCGGCGCUCCUCAACCUCGGCCUCGACAAGCAAAUAACCGUCACAACGACUCACUCCCUAGCCGUGCUCCAAACCUCAUACCCUCCCUCCGCUGGAGCCUUCCGUCCGGACCUGGCUCCGUGCCUGGCUCCCAUCCUGAGCUUCCAAGCCAAGACCGGAUCUCCCUUCCUCAUCAACGCCUACCCUUACUUCGCCUACAAGGCCAACCCGAAGCAGGUCCCGUUGGACUUCGUGCUCUUCCAACCCAACCAGGGGAUGGUGGACCCUACCACCAGCCUCCACUACGACAACAUGCUGUUCGCGCAGAUCGAUGCCGUCUAUUCCGCCUUGGAUUCCUUGGGCUACGGGAAGUUGCCGGUUCACAUUUCGGAAACCGGUUGGCCUUCCAAAGGGGACCAGGACGAAGCCGGUGCCACUCUCGACAAUGCCAAGAAGUACAAUGGGAAUCUCAUAAAGAUGGCUAUGACUAGCUCCAAGAAGGGAACGCCCUCCAGGCCCAACUCCGAUUUGAACAUUUACGUUUUCGCCCUCUUUAACGAGAACAUGAAGCCCGGCCCAACUUCAGAGCGCAACUAUGGUCUCUUUAAGCCCGAUGGCACCCCUGCCUACCCCCUUGGAUUCUCUCUCGCUUCUUCGCCAAACGACGCCGUUAACAAUACCACCACUGCCACCGCUGGCACGCCGCCGCUGCCACCUACGUCUUCCACCGGCUAUUUGUCCAUUUCCUCUGCUUCCUCACUGGAGAGAUUCCGUUUCCUUGGGGCUUCUUUAUCCUUUCUGGUGGCGUUGGUGAUGGAGCUUUUGAUUUUGAAGUUUUAAGGAUUUUUCGGCGCAGAAUCCAAUGAAAGGCACGGGGGGGCAUAGCAAUGAAGAGAAGAGCAAAGGCAGAAAGAGAACGGAGUAAAGGGAGUUCACGUCGUCUUUAAAGUGAGAUGUCGCUUACUGGUCUAGGAAGGAAAGGUAGUUGUGGACUUCAGCAGGCAGCCUUGUCACUCCCCACCCCCAGGAGACUAAUUUAUGUAUUAGAGGAUUAGAUACAAUUUGAUUUCAUUGGUAUUUUUGUCAGACAUUAUUUCUAAUAAUGUGCUACGGUCACAUUUUGUGCUAUUCAGUUCUCAUA